AGAAAGAGAAAGAGAGAGGGCGAGAGAGAGAGAGUGAGAGAGAGAGAGAAAGCGAGAGAGACAGCUAGAGAGCGAUAAUGGCAACAAUAGAAACAAUGGAUUCCAACAGAAACAAUGGAUUCCAAAAUUCUUGCCAACCGUGAAACCGCGACGCCGAGGCAACAACAACAACAGCAUCCCAACCAGUCUCCCGCAGUCGCCCGAAGGUGGCGCCACGUUCGCCAUGAGUCACUUCCUCGCCAACCUGCAGCUCACGUGCGCCCUCUGCAAGAUCUGCUUCUACUCGUGCUUCACGUGCGUCCUCUGCCGGCGGCGCCGCCGCCGACCGAAACCGGAGAUCCCGGUCAUCUGCGUCGGCCUCACGUCGUCGGGCAAGACGACCUUGCUCAACCUUCUCAACGGCGAGCCGACGACAGACGCGCCGCAGCCGACGCUCGGCUUCAACAUCAAGGCGGUAGAGGGCGCCUCCGUCGUCUUCAGCGUCAAGGAGCUCGGCGGUGGCGUCGCCCCCUACUGGCGUCGCUACUACGACGGUGCGCGCGGCAUCGUCUUCGUCGUAGACGCGUCGGCCGACGACGCAGCGAUUGAGGCGGCGCGCGACACCCUGGUGGCCGUCAUCGUUGACCCGCGGCUCGCUGGCGCCCCCUGUCUGAUAGUCGGCAGCUUCCAGGAUCGUGCAGGCGCGCGGCCGCUGCCAGUGCUGCACGCGCGCAUGGACGCAGCGCGGGCGUGCGGAGGUGGCGAGCGCGCGUGGACAAUGCGCGUCUGCUCGCGAGACGACCCGAGUGCCGCCCGUGAUGCCUUCGCUGACUUCGAGAAGUACUUCACGCAGUCGCCACCAGGGGCGGCGGGAGAGGCGGAGGAGAAUCGGGUGUAG